AUGGACAGACGUCGCCGCCCGCAGCCUUUGGUGCAAGCCGACCCCUUCGAGGACGCCUUCGCCCACGCGGCGUCGCAGGAGGACGAAGCGGCAGCUGCCCCGCAAGCCGCUGCUGAGUGGUUCGCGGCCCCGGAGCCCGACAAUGCGCCGCUGGGCGAGAGCGUUCCAGCGCGCAAGUUGAGCCGCUCCGACAUGGACGCCGCAUGCGAUGCCAUGGAGGGCGUGGUUUUCCCAUGGGAUGAGAUCACGCGGCUGGCUGGAGCGGGCGUCGAGGCAUGGCUGAAGGAGCUGCAUGGGGCCCUGCAGCUGCCGAUGGCACUUGUUUUCCUCAUGAUCGCGCCCCUGUGCGCGUUCUCGCUUCACGGUGCCCAAGCCCAAUGCACCAAGAUGCUCGCGGUGCCGCCGUUGCCGUGGCUCGGCGUCGUCGCAAGGGCGGGGGGCGGCAAGAGUUUGGCAGUCUGGUUCGCGAAGCAAGUGAUGAUGGAAUUGCAGAAUCGCAUGAACCCCCCAGAUUCUGGCGCAAAGUCGGACGACGAGGCCGAAGAGGGACCGGGCGCCGACGGCGGAGCGGCUCCCGAAACCGACGGGGCUGGCAAGCGCAAGAGCACAGGCAAGGACAGCACCCGCAAGGCCAAGCGGCAGAAGAGGUUGAUCGCAGACACGGGCACCCUCGAUGGGUUCUUCGCGCAGAUGGCCAAGAAUGGCAACCGGGCGUACGUGGCCUUGCACGAAGGCAAACCCUUUCUUUCGAAAGCUCUCGCAGAGGUCGCGGACGUGCUGCAGCUCAUUGAGGCGCAAUUCGUGGACAUCUCCAAGGAGAAGGAACCUGGCGCCCGCCACCAUCCUUGUUUCAGCAGCCGUUCCAAGCUGUGGAAAAUCCCACAGGACAGCGAGUUUUUCAAGACCACGUACAACAAGCACGCGCAUGCUCAACGAGGCGCCAAGCAGUGCGGCAACGACAAGGAGGCUUCUCGCGAGGCGAAGCUGAAGACAAAGCAGCGCCGCUACGCGACCCCCAUCGACGCUUUCCUGAAGGCAGUCGCGCAGAAAGCUGAUCUGGACAAGUACCGCCAGGAGCAGAUCGCCGCAGCCGAAGGCGAUGCUGUGAGAAGCGUGCUGGAGGGGAUGCCCAUCAUGGCCUUGAGGCAGCGCGUGAUCGACAAGAACCCAGCCGAGGCCGACCAAAUGGGCUUGCCUUUGUGGCCGCGCAGCGUCGCAAGCGAGGCCGCCGAAAUCGGUUAUUUGGUGAGCCAGUACUUGGCAGAGGAGAACAUUGCGCUCGUCGGCUACCUGCGCGGGGGCGGCGGCGCGGCGGACCAGAAGGAAGCCGACGACGGCGAACGCAUCGGAGGCCUCAACGACGAGAAGCUUGCGGAGGCGUUGCAGUCCGUGGACGUCGACAAGGUGAAGCGCUGCACGGCCGGCCUGCUGUCCCUGCCCGACAAGGUGACCCUGGCCAGCGCAGUGAAGAAGGCCGUCCGGCUUGCGUGCGACAGUCGCGUGUUUGAUUGCGCGCUCACCCUGCUGUCGCACGCGCGCCUGGCUUCCAGGGUCGCUUGGAAGAAGCCAGGGAACCCUGGUGCGCCCGCCUCGUACAUUCUGCUGAACGGCGAGUUCGCUGAACCCGUCCGCAUGGCGCAACUAGACGCGGCCAAUCUGCUCAAGCAUUUCCCAGGGGCCUCCCUCGAGACUUUCUUGAAGCAGAAGGAAGACGAGGUGUCCAAGUACGUCGUUCCGCUCCACAACGCGCCGCCUGUGAGCAGCUCGUGCUUGGCCGCGUUCACGCAGAAGUGGUUUCCUCUACUCGGCGCCCAGGCCUGCCCGCCCGAGCUCGAGGCGUCGGCCAGCCAGGCAGCGUCGCCGUCCCAGAUGCAGGCGCCGACGCCGCCAGUUGCAGAUGCGGCGGCGCGUCUGUCCCCAGAAGGCGCCAACCGCAUUCGGGCGCACUUCCGCUGGCUCAUUUGCUCCUGCACCCUGGCGGAGAUCAAGAAGACUUACGUCCAGAGCCGCAUUAAGGGUUUCCAGGCCCAAAGCGAGGAGUGGCAGACCUUGUUGAACACCUUUGUGGCCAUGGGCCUGGCCGUCGACACCACGAAGGGCAACAGUAAUGGCUCUUUUUCCCUGCGCGGCCCAGGGGGGGAGAACGUGGACGUCGUGGUGAGGGGUCUGAAGUCCUGGUUCACAGAGGUGCAAGACAAGGAGGAGAAGGCAAUGACGAAGCGGUUUCAGGACAUCGCGGUGUCCAAGUCCUUCAACGUCGCACCCUUCCACGAGGUCAUUGCGAAGCUCGGGGGGGCUCCGCAGUGA